CUUUAGUAGCAUUUCCAACGUAAAAGCAGGUGGUCACGCUCGCGCUCCGCUCACAUAAACAAGUAACCGCGAGUGACAUAGUGCGAUUGUGUGUGAACAUAUACCAACAGUGUGUACAAUUCAUUCAAGAUGGGAUGUGGAACGAGUUUUGUGAAAUAUGUGCUGUUCUUCUUCAACUUGGUGGUCGCGCUCCUCGGCCUAGCGGUGAUAGGUAUUGGAGUGGCGGUCCAGUUGAACUGGACGGUUGUGAAGGAUGAGCUGAAGUCACACUUGACGGUAGCACCAUGGGUGUUCAUCAUCAUAGGAGCCAUCAUGUUCGUGAUAGCCUUCUUCGGUUGCUGCGGAGCGAUACGGGAGAGUCACUGCAUGGUUGUCACGUACGCUAUCUUCUUACUGGUGAUAAUCAUCGUGCAAGUGGUUAUUGGAGUCCUAUUGUUCGCCUACGGGGACACGAUCAAACAGAGCCUCGUCAACUCCGUCAACGCACUCUUCGACAAGAGGUCCAGCGCUUCUGUGGACAAAGCUACUGAUGCCGUCAUCAACAACAUCCAACAACAGUUCAGCUGCUGUGGUAAGAACGGUCCCCAAGACUACGGCAUCAGCAUCACCCUGCCCGACUCUUGCUGCAGCACCACCAGCACCUUCGGCCGCGCCAUCGGAGACAAGUGCACCAUCGAGGUCGCCAACCGAGGCUGCUCCGGUGUCAUCUCCGACUUGUACGAGAAAUGGAACAAACCUAUUGCUGGAGUCGCCAUCGGAAUCGCCUGUAUUGAGGUGGUCGGAGCGCUGUUCGCGCUGUGUCUCGCCAAUUCCAUAAGAAAUAUGGACAGAAGGUCUCGCUACUAAUAUUUUGUACACUUAAACUGGUAUGUGUAAAACGAAGACGUCACGAAAAUAUACACAUUCGAAUAAGAACAAUAUAAAUCAACGACAGAUACAAACAAAUACAUAAGCUACUUAUGUACAAGUUAAGUUAAGAUUAGCUUGGUCUAGCGCAAGUCCCACCUUUUCAAAAAAAUACAAUUUUAUUAUAGGAACAGUUUACUUUCGUUUUCUAUUUCAUUUUCACAAAAAAAUAAAUAUUAUGUAAUCUCUAUUCUGACCUGAUUUUUAUCUUUUAGAUUUUAGACUUUUUUAUGUUUCGACAGACGAAAGUAAACUUUUCCGUGCGAGUUAACUUUUGUAAUACGAUACGUUGUUGUAUUUUAUCGUGUAUUCUACUAACGUCAAUAUAAUGUUGAUCCCCUGUAGAUGUCUACCGCGCUGUACCUUACCAUUACAAUUAGUUAAUCAUUUUCUUUUGUUGCACCAUUUAAAAUUAUAAAGUUUAAGUAUGUACUGUUAAGUUAGUUAAGCGACUGUUUGUUAUAAACAAUAGAAAUUAUAUUAAAUAAAGUAUUUUCAUAGAUCGGCGUUAUUGUGUAAGUACGUCCAUUUUACAUAAUGAUAUUAAAGUGUUAAAAUUUUGAUAUUUAUGCAUUUCUAUUAUAGUAUAUUAUAUAGUAAGGUUUUAUUACACGUUUCACAAGCCUGUGUAAAUAGUAAACGAUGUCGGGAGCAAAUGUCUGUUUAUUGUAUUUUGAAUCUCUUUUGUGCAUUUCUGAUGAAACUGCUUUUGUGGAUGAAAUAUAUUGUAUUGUAUGGAAUAAAUAAAUUUUCUACUUCAA